GACGCCUUCCAGCUCCUCGCAGCGAAGGGCCAACCCGAGUGGCUCCUCCCCACCUGUUAGGGAGGGCAAGGACACCGGUACCGGGUCCACUCCCGUUCGCCCAGAGAGCGCAUCGGAUAGCCACAGCCCGGCAAAGGGCAAUGGUAGCCUCACCACGGUCAUCUCAUCCGCUUUGGAUUACAAGCGGUUUCUGGAUCGGCGUAAGCAGAUGAUCCAGCAGCAGGUAGAGACAGCGCAGCAGGCAGACCACGUUCAGAAGAACGACGCGGAGGGAGAGGAGACGCAACCGACACGGCAAUCAGGUUGGAAUGCACGCGCGACGGGUCCGGUCAAGGCAAGCCAUGCCGUCGCGGUUCCAUCUUCCGCUGCCGUGCCAGCGGUGAGCCCCAAGCGGCCGUCUUCCACAACGCCAACGAAAGCCAGCGGGGAGGAGAGCCCAACAGAGGACUCCGGGACGCCCGGAUCGGCAAGAAGUACCUCGCCGGCGCACCUCCUGCGCCGUGUUUGUGUGCCGCCCGUCUGA